GUUUUUAUUUAAGUAGUUAAGGAACUAGAAAAAAAAAGACAAAGAUAUAUAUCUAUACACAUAUGUAUGUGCGUGUACGUGUACUCGCGAGUGUUUUUGUGUAAGCAAACCCUUGAAAUAUAGUGCCUUUUAUACCAAGUGUCGUACCGGACAGUUAAAGUGGAAAGAGACCGACAGACAGGUAGACACAUACAGACAGACAGAAAGAGAUAGAGUUAAAAAAAAAAGAAAGUAAAAGAGAGAGAGAGAGAGAUAGAGAGAGAGAGACAAAGAAGAAAGAAGAAAGAUUGUGUUAGAGAUUUUUUUUGUGUGGACUUGCAUCUUGAGAUAAAGUGUUGCACCCGACGCUAUGCAAGUGCGUUUUAGUAGUGCACUUGAGUUAUAUCUAUGUACACUACGUUUACGAUCAAAUUUGUAAACAAAUUGUGUUGAACAUUUUUUGUUUUCUAUUACUUCGUAUAGAACAAGGGGGGAAAAGAAAGGAAGUAAAAGAAGAAUAAGAGGAAUAAGAAGAAGAAGAAGAAGAAGAAAAAGAGGAAGUAUGAAAGUUGAGAACAUUUUCAUGAUAUUAUUACAGAAAUUAUAGAUAACUAAAGUGCGUGGAAAAUUGCAUCGUUUUCAUGCUAGGAACGUGUUUGUUUGUUUAUCUUUACGAAUCGUUACGUUUCUAACGCUUUCAACUAGAAAUAUACACAUAAAGAAAGAGAGAAAAAGAGAAGGAGAGAGAGAGAGAGAGAGAGAGAGAGAGAGAAGAGAAGAGAGAGAAGAGAGAAGGGAGAGACAAACAAACAAAUUAUUUGAAGAAAUCAAGGAAAUUUUGUGAGACUUGUUCGAUGGUGUUGAGGUGUAGUAAAACUAAAGUUCAAAAAUAAGUGUUAUAGUUACUAUUUUAAGUUAUCCAAUUGAUUUGGUUGUAUGCAUUUUUAUUUUUCUUUUAUCAUCUGUGGAAGAAUUAUCUAAAAAUAUUGUUGGUGAUCCUUGAUAGAAGAUAUUUGUUUUUGUCACGUUAAGGAUUCCUCAUAUUUUUGUGGUGAAGUAAUACUAAAAGUAGAAAGGAAUAUUUGCCGUUCCUACGGAGUGGCAAAAGGAACAAAAAGGGACGAAAAAAGUUGGGCGACGUAUCGAGGGUGGUUUUGGAUGAUAGAAGGCGCGGGGGUGGCUAAAGAGGCCCCGCCGCAGCGUACGGGUCCCGAUGCCGGUCCCCGUAUCGCAAACCCUCACGCUAACCCUCUCGCUAACCUCCACCCUAGUACCCAAGGAGGAGUCAAACAUGCCCUUCAUAGACGACGAAUUACUUUGGUGCCCUGAUAAUGAUGGAAAGAUGGUCGAUUUAACUCAAUGCCUUCAGGAGAGUAGUACUGGCCAGUCGGUCGAGUUUUCUCCAAUGGAGUUGAGCGCGCUUGUUGGAACACCUGCUGCACCUAAUGUACCAGCGGAAGAAGGUGAAGGUAUGUCAAAUGUAACUGGGGAAGAACCCUUCGAUACCUUAGACACUUUUCUUCGAGAACUUCAAGCGGAUUUGGCCGAAGCAAGUCAACCAAGUUCUACCACGACACCUCUUACGAAUUCCUGUAGGCGGCAAAGGUACAACAUCGCAGCAGCGAAUCCUUUAUUAGCGGAAAAAUUAGCCGCACCAUCGUCCCAAGCAUCUCCAACGACAAUCCCGUAUGCUACGAGGGCGGAGAUUAAAACGGAGAAUAUUCAACACGAGACGAGCAAAGUUGACACAAGGGAGGUACAACCACACGAGACGACGACAAACGAGAAAGAACAAUUAGGUUUGGCGAGUGUUAAAGUAGAACCAGGUUCUACGAGUGCGAGUACAGCGAACACAACUACCGGUGCACGUUUACUUCAUGGAAUCCUUUCGCAGCAUCCCCAACAACAUACGCUUGGGGUGCAAAACGGUUAUGGCCGACAUAUGCAGACACCAGCCGGCCAUCCUCAAAUGGCUCAACCACCCUAUACCACUGCCGCCAUUGCUACCACGAGUACGCCAGGAAGCGGAUCACUGCCAGCCAGCCCUGCGGACAGCGGAGUCAGUGACGUAGAAUCAAGUACGUCCUCAGGUGGUAACGAGGACGCGAAUCUCCUAUUAAAAGCUAGGCUCAAUCCUAAUUCGUCCCUUCAACCGAGUCUAGCGUCACAUCAUUCACAUUUAUCCUCAGCUUUGGGUAGGUCAGCCUGUCACAGUCCUGGUGUAUAUCCAUCAACGGCGGGUUUUCUACCACCCUCUUAUCAUCCCCAUCAACAUCAUCCCUCUCAGUAUCACCCUCACAGAGGAAGUUCACCACACAAUCAACACAAUAAUCACAGUAUGGGAGCUGCAAUGGGACCCCCACAUCAUCAUCAUCAUCAUCAAACGCAAAGUCUUCAACAUUUGCACUAUCGUCAACCACCAACAUUAUCGGAGAGUUAUAGCAGUUACGUAAACUCAAUGUACGGUGGUGGAGGACAAUUCGCAACACCUUGUACACCGAGUCCACCAAGAGGACCCGGUGGAGUACCAACUAGCGUAAUCCAAGCAGCGACGAGUUCUGUGUCGGACGAUCUUUAUCUUUUGGAACUUGGUUUUCCUCCACGUUCGAAGAAAAACAAAUUGAAGAAACCACGCCAAGGAGAAGGUGCUACAGUUAAAAGAAAAUCCCGAGAAGGUUCUACAACGUAUCUAUGGGAAUUUCUAUUGAAAUUGUUACAAGAUCGUGAAUAUUGUCCGAGAUAUAUUAAAUGGACGAAUCGCGAGAGAGGAGUAUUUAAAUUGGUUGAUAGUAAAGCAGUAUCGAGACUCUGGGGUUUGCAUAAGAACAAGCCUGACAUGAAUUACGAGACGAUGGGUCGCGCCUUGAGAUACUAUUAUCAACGUGGCAUUUUGGCGAAGGUCGACGGACAGAGAUUGGUAUAUCAAUUUGUCGACGUACCCAAGGAUAUAAUAGAGAUCGACUGUACGGGCGCGUGAGAUAGGUCUCGUUGCUGUUCCUCGAGAAAUGAAUAUGUUAAACUAACACGACGAGGAGGAAGAGGAGGAGGAGGAGGAGGAGAAGAAGGAGAAGGAGGUAGAAGAAGAAGAAGAGGAAGAAGAAAAAGAAAAAGAAGACGAGGAGGAAGAAAUUACCGCUACCUUGUAAACUUCAUUUUUCUUAAAAUAUCAUUGUCCUCCAGUGGAGUGUAUCAAUGAUUUAUUAUUUAUGCUGAAGACGUCCCAUUGACGACCUGCUGCCGGACACCCUAUAUAAAAAUCGUAAAAUAACAAGAGCUCGCCCCUCUCUACUAACUUCAUACGUUUCUCUUCUAUCCCCUUUUAUACGGUUCAAACUUUUACGAGAGAAUAAUCGAAUGUGACGAUAUUGAUGAUGUUUUCACAACAACAACAAAAUAAAAUCUAAAUAUCUAAAUAAUUCGACAUAAUCGUUAUAUAUAUAGUUCUCUCUAAUCGUAUCGUCCUCCUUUUGGUCUUUCUCCUUUGUUAGAAAAAAGAAAGAAAAAAAAAGAAACAUAAAAAAUCAUACAUUGUUCUUGGCUGUGUGCGUGCGUGAUCAUUAUUACUUGCGUCCACGUAUGUAUGUGUAUGCGUGAGCGUAUGUUUGUUGGGUUACGAUAUAUAGAUUAUGCUAAUGAGGGAAAUAGUUUGAAAAGAAUGAAAUAUAAAAAGUAAUCAAUCUAAUUAACUAACGUCCACGUAUAUACAAAAUAUAUAAUAUAUGCAUACCUCCUACGUAUAGACAUAAAUCGUAAAUGCAUAUGAUGCAGUUACGAAUGUCUUCUUCGACUCUUUUACAAAUUUGUACAAAAUUUAGUUCUUAUAUUUACAUAUAUGGCAGUCGUUAUUAAUUGAGAAUGAAUAAACAAAGAUAAAAGAUAGAAAGAGAGAGAGAGAGAGUGUAGUAUGCAAAAAUUGUAUAUCGGGGAUA